GCGCUCGCAGGCCUGUGCCUGUCUUCUCCCACAGUUGUGAAGACCUAUUCCCAUGAUAAUUUUUGCAAUCUUUGCCACCGGCGCUAUCGCUGUCUAACAGUCAACAUCUCCCCGCCCGAGAUACCAGGCCGGGUCUAUAUAAAGCACAGUUUCAAUGUGGAUCCCUUCCGACCCGUCUCCUUCCAUUCAUCUAUCUACACCAUAGUAAUGAGGAAUAGUCUCUCUUCUCCAGACAAGGAGAAAGCCUUUGAGGUCGACAUUGGUUCAGGGGAACACGCAAGCAGUAAUGACAGCUAUUCGCCACCACCAGACUUCAAACUUCACCGACAGCUUAAAAAUCGUCAUGUUGCGAUGAUAAGUAUCGGCGGCGUGAUUGGCACAGGACUAUUCCUCGGGACCGGGUCGGCGCUCAUGAAUGGCGGUCCUCUAGGCCUUUUAUUGGGCUACAUAUUCAUUGGCUCUAUAUCUUACUGUGUGAUGAUCACAAUCGGAGAGAUGAUCUCCUACCUCCCAGUUGCCGGUGGUCAUAUCAAACUCGCUGAGCGCUUCGUUGAUCCGGCAUUUUCAUUUGCACUGGGAUGGAAUCUAUGGUACAAUUGGACGGUGACAUUACCAGCCGAGUUGUCCGCGGCCGCUACCAUCAUAAAUUUCUGGCAUCCUGGUGUAAACAACGCGGUAUGGAUAACAAUGUGUCUCGUUGUUGCCGUCGGGAUUAACAUGAGCGGCGUUGGUGUGUACGGUGAAACCGAAUUCAUGUUUGCCUCCAUCAAGGUUGUUUUGAUUGUCGGUCUCCUCAUCUUGGGGAUCGUCCUUGAUCUUGGUGGUGGCCCGAACCACGAUCGUAUCGGAUUUCGUUACUGGAAGGAUCCUGGCCCGUUUGUCCAAUUUUAUGGUAUAAGUGGCACGACUGGCCGUUUUCUAGGCUGGUCUCGUGUAGUGACACAAGCUGCAUUCGCAUAUGUUGGGUUGGAAGUCGUGGCUAUGGCGGCUGCAGAAGCCAAGAACCCGCGCAGGAAUCUACCAAAAGCCAUUCGCCGUGUUUAUAUCCGGCUUCUGCUAUUUUAUAUUGGCGGUGUCUUCGUUAUCGGACUGCUAGUACCCUCAAACAACCCCUUGCUGAACGUAAACUCUGACAAUGCUUCUGCAUCUCCAUUUGUAAUUGCAAUCAAUCAAGCUGGCAUCAAAGGAUUGCCCUCGGUGAUCAAUGCCGCCUUACUGACAUCGGCCUGGUCUGCGGCUUCUAGUGACCUUUACAUCGCCUCCAGAGGCCUAUAUGGCCUCGCCGCCUCCGGCAAUGCCCCAAAGGUAUUCCUUCGUACCUCGCGUUCCGGUCUUCCCUAUGUCGCAGUAGCCACGUGUGCUUCUUUUUCUAUCCUCGCUUACAUGGCGGUCAAUACGAGCUCCGGAAUGGUGUUCACGUGGUUCUCUAGCAUGUGUGCCACUGCGGGCCUCACGACCUGGUUCGGCAUUGGUGUCAUCUAUUUGCGCUUCCGCAAAGGCUUUCUUGCACAGGGGCACAAAAUGACUGAGCUCCCGUACUUUUCUCGGCUCCAACCGUUUGCCGCCUGGUGGGUCAUCGGCGCAUCACUUGUGACGCUGUUGUUCAGUGCAUGGGAGGUCUUCCUGAGAGAUAACUGGUCAAUAGCAACGUUCCUUACCAAUUAUCUGCCCAUGAUGCUUUUUCCUGUUUUAUAUGCUAUCGCUAAAAUCUGGAAGCGAGUCCCUCUCAUCAAGCCGAACGAGAUGGACUUCCACUCUGGCAUCGCAGAAAUCGAAGCAAUGACGCAUGCAGACGUGCCCCCGAGGAAUAUUGUGGAGGCAUUUUGGAUGAAGCUUAUGUGAUGAUUGCGUUCCUAUACUAUGUGCAACUGAAGCAGAAACAGGCAAAACAUUUAAUGUUUAGCAAAAGUUAAAUCAUUCCGUAGUCCUCUCACCUUCAACUCGUGAAUGGAGUUCAACUGUGCAAGUGUCGCAGUGUACCGCUCGAGCAGCCAACCCAGUGUUCAGCUGAUGAUCGUCAUGCAGCUUAAAAGUACAUUCUGAGGCGCAGAGGUGAGUCAUGUGGUUGAAUUUUAGUCGGACAUGGCGAUUCGGAAGAACUGUUAUCAGAUGUGGCGGAAAAUUUGGCAGAACCUACAACUUUCAAGGUCAUUCAAUUGAUAUGCCAACUAUUGU